CCAAACUAAUUUGUGUGUUCUAGCCAUAACCGAUUAAUUUUUCCUUUUCAUUACAAAGACCUGGGUUGUUUUGCUAGCUAGCUAGCUAGCUGUUAGCUUCUGCAAUGGAGAUCAUCAGCUGUGACCUUGAAAAAGCCGGUCACAGUUUCAACAGAAGGGGUUCGUUUUGGACUGACGAUGGCAGGGCGGUUUUCUCAGCAUCUUCAGUUGGAGAGGACGACGAGGAAGCUCUCAAAUGGGCAGCUUUGCAGAGACUUCCUACAUUCACUCGUUUGAAAAAAGGUCUGCUCACUACUACUCAAGGCCAUGCCAACGAAGUCGAUGUGCAUCACCUUGAGCUCCAAGAAAAGAAAGACUUGAUCGAGAGGCUAGUGGGAGUUGCUGAGGAGGAUCAUGAGAAAUUUUUGUUGAGGCUUAAGAGCCGAAUCGAUAGAGUUGGAAUUAGUCUUCCUACAAUUGAAGUUAGGUUCGAGCAUUUGAAAAUUGCAGCUGAAACUCAUGUUGGAGGCAGGGCUCUGCCUUCUGUCUUCAAUUAUUGUGUUAAUGUAGUGGAGGGUUUCUUGAAUUGCCUGCACAUUCUUCCUGAAAAGAAGGAACAUUUGUCUAUACUGAAAGAUGUGAGUGGGAUCAUCAAACCUUGCAGGAUGACAUUGCUUUUGGGUCCUCCAAGUUCGGGGAAGACCACGCUCUUGCUGGCUUUGGCCGGAGAGCUUGAUAAGGAUCUCAAGGUUUCAGGAAGUGUGACUUACAAUGGUCAUGGCAUGCACGAGUUUGUGCCUCAGAGAAGUGCUGCAUAUAUCAGUCAACAUGAUGUUCAUAUUGGAGAAAUGACAGUUGCAGAAACCUUGGCCUUUUCCGCAAGAUGCCAAGGGGUCGGACCUCGUUAUGAGAUGCUAGCAGAGCUAAGUAGAAGAGAGAAAGAUGCAAGUAUUAAGCCAGAUCCAGACUUGGAUAUCUACAUGAAGGGAAUAGCAUCAGAAAGCAAAAGAGCAGCAUUUGUGACAAAUUAUAUUCUGAAGGUUUUGGGAUUGGAGGGCUGUGCAAAUACCUUGGUAGGGGAUCAAUUGAUAAGGGGUAUCUCUGGAGGACAAAAGAAGCGAGUCACAACUGGUGAGAUGUUAGUUGGUCCUGCUAAGGCACUAUUCAUGGACGAAAUAUCGACUGGUUUGGAUAGUUCAACAACUUAUCAAAUAGUGAAUUCCAUCAAGCAAUAUGUUCACAUUCUCCAAGGGACUGCAUUCAUCUCACUACUGCAGCCAGCACCCGAGACUUAUGAUCUAUUUGAUGACAUUAUUCUCCUUUCUGAUGGUCAAAUUGUGUAUCAAGGUCCCCGUGAACAUGUUCUCGAUUUUUUUGAGUCUAUGGGCUUCAGAUGUCCAGAGAGAAAAGGUGUGGCCGAUUUCCUGCAAGAAGUGACAUCAAGGAAAGAUCAGGAGCAGUAUUGGUUUAGCAGAGAUGAACCUUACAGGUUCAUCACAGUCGAAGAAUUUUCCGUGGCAUUCCAAUCUUUCCACGUAGGGCGCGCAAUUACACAUGAACUUGCUACUCCAUUUGACAAGACCAAGAGCCACUCAGCUGCAUUAACAACAAAAAAAUAUGGUGUUAAAAGAGCAGAACUGCUGAAAGCUUGUUUCUCAAGGGAGUUCUUGCUCAUGAAGAGGAAUUCAUUUGUUUACCUUUUCAAGCUUAUCCAACUCUCAAUAUUGUCUCUGAUUACAAUGACACUGUUCCUACGAACUGAGAUGCACCGCGAUUCAGUAAUUAAUGGAGGAAUUUAUGCUGGCGCAUUAUUCUUCUCCUUGGUUGCUGUUAUGUUCAAUGGAAUGGCAGAGCUUUCGAUGACUAUAGCCAAGCUUCCAGUGUUUUAUAAGCACAGAAAGCUGCUCUUCUUUCCACCAUGGGCAUAUGCACUUCCGGCAUGGCUCCUCAAGAUCCCUCUCACCUGUGUUGAAGUUGGUGUUUGGGUAUUUAUCACCUAUUAUGUCAUUGGCUUUGAUCCAAAUGUUGGAAGAUUGUUUAAGCAAUACCUUCUCCUCCUACUCAUGAAUCAAAUGGCUUCUGGAUUAUUCCGAUUCAUUGCUGGAGUAGGUAGAAGCUUGACUGUUGCUAAUACAUUUGGCUCAUUUGCACUAGUCAUGCUUUUCGCUUUGGGGGGCUUUGUCCUGUCAAGAGAAAAUAUAAAGAAAUGGUGGAUAUGGGGCUACUGGAUAUCACCUUUGAUGUAUGGGCAGAAUGCAAUUGUAGUUAAUGAAUUCCUUGGCAAGAGUUGGUCACAUGUUCUUCCAAACUCAAACGAAUCAUUAGGAGUUGAAAUUCUGAAAUCUCGUGGAUUUCGUACACAUGCAUAUUGGUAUUGGAUUGGCGCAGGAGCAUUGGCUGGAUACAUGCUCUUAUUCAACAUUUGUUACACUCUGGCUCUCACUUAUCUAAACCCUUUGGACAAGCCACAGGGUGUUAAAUCAGAAGAAUCUCAAGGCAAUAAAGAUGAUGACAAAAGCUUGACUCCUCAAAUCAGCAAAGAGAAAGGAGAUGGAAGUACUACGCAUAACACGAAAAGAGGAAUGGUUCUUCCAUUUGAACCAUAUUCCAUCACCUUUGAUGAAAUCUCAUACUCGGUGGACAUGCCACAGGAAAUGAAGAACCAAGGUGUUCCUGAGGAUAAAUUGGUGCUCCUCAGGCGCGUGAGUGGUGCUUUCAGGCCAGGUGUACUCACAGCUCUUAUGGGAGUGAGUGGUGCUGGCAAAACAACUCUAAUGGAUGUACUAGCUGGUAGAAAAACUGGGGGAUAUAUUGAGGGAAAUAUCACAAUUUCUGGGCACCCCAAGAAGCAAGAAUCAUUUGCUCGGAUUUCUGGAUACUGUGAGCAGAAUGACAUCCACUCUCCACAUGUUACUGUUUAUGAAUCCUUGAUGUACUCAGCAUGGUUGCGUUUACCUGCAGAAAUCAAUUCCGAAACAAGGAAGAUGUUUGUCGAGGAAGUGAUGGCACUUGUGGAGUUGGAUCCGUUAAGGCAAGCACUUGUAGGGUUGCCUGGUGCAAAUGGUCUCUCAACUGAGCAAAGAAAGAGGCUGACCAUUGCAGUUGAACUAGUGGCUAACCCCUCCAUAAUUUUCAUGGAUGAACCAACUUCUGGCCUAGAUGCAAGAGCUGCUGCAAUUGUUAUGAGAACAGUUAGGAAUACUGUGGACACCGGAAGAACAGUUGUGUGCACCAUUCAUCAGCCAAGCAUUGAUAUCUUUGAAUCUUUUGAUGAGUUAUUCCUACUGAAGAAAGGGGGACAAGAGCUAUACGUUGGGCCAUUGGGGCGUCAUUCUUGCCAUUUAAUCAAGUACUUUGAGGGAAUUGAUAAUGUCAGUAAGAUUAAGGAUGGUUAUAAUCCGGCUACUUGGAUGUUGGAAGUCACCAGUUCUGCGAAAGAAAUAGCUUCUGGUGUUGAUUUUGCUGAUAUUUAUAAAAAUUCAGAGCUAUACAGGAGAAACAAAAUACUUAUUGAAGAACUGAGCACCCCUCCUCCAGAUUCCAAGGACCUGUAUUUCCCUACUCAAUAUUCUCAGCCAUUUUUAACACAAUGCAUGGCUUGCUUAUGGAAACAACAUUGGUCGUAUUGGCGCAAUCCAGCAUAUACUGCCAUAAAGUUGAUAUACACAACCAUCAUAGCCUUGAUGUUGGGGACAAUGUUCUGGGACCUUGGCUCCAAAACGAAAAAACAACAGGAUCUGUUCAAUGCAAUUGGUUCUAUGUAUGCUGCUGUUCUGUUUCUUGGUAUUAAGAAUUCAACUACAGUUCAGCCAGUAGUGUCUGUCGAACGAACAGUCUUUUAUAGAGAACGAGCUGCUGGAAUGUAUUCUCCAUUGGCUUAUGCAUUUGCACAGGUUGCAAUUGAGCUCCCAUAUAUUUUUGCCCAAACAAUUCUCUAUGGUGUCAUAGUCUAUGCAAUGAUCGGUUUUGAGUGGACUGUGACUAAAUUCUUAUGGUACCUAUUUUUCAUGUAUUUCACAUUUCUGUACUUCACCUUCUAUGGUAUGAUGGGAGUGGCCUUUACACCGAACCAGCACGUUGCUGCUAUAAGCUCUAGUGCAUUUUAUGCAGUAUGGAAUGUCUUCUCCGGGUUCUUAAUCCCACGAACUAGGAUUCCUAUAUGGUGGAGAUGGUACUAUUGGGCAUGUCCAAUGGCUUGGAGCUUGUAUGGAUUGGCUAUAUCACAGUUUGGAGAUCUACAGAACGAGCUUGAGACGGGCGAAACUGUGGAACAAUUUAUGAGGACUUACUUUGGCUUCAAACAUGAAUUUCUAGGAGUGGUUGCAGCAGUAGUUGCUGGAUUUGCAGUACUCUUUGCAUUUGUCUUUGCCUUUUCAAUUAAGAUGUUGAACUUCCAGAGGAGAUAGAAGGUUUUGUUUCAUCAGGAAACAUGUCAAUUUGUACAUCAGGCCAUCAGCCAUGGAUUAGUCUUCUCUUCAGCUUUCAUCUUAAUAGUAAUUGACAACCUGUUUAUAAGUGAUAUGAUUCUUUUGAACUAUUAGUAAAGCCAACCAAAUUAUUUCA